CAAAUGGAAAGAGAAAAUCUCAAUUUAAGACUUGCCUAAGUCAGAUUAACCUAUGGGCCUGUCUGUGAGGAAUUUUCUCACUCACUAAUUGUUGUAGGAGAACCUAGUUGGAUAUAGGUAUGCCAUCUUUAGGAGUUAAAGUUCCUCGUAAUUUUCGCUUGUUGGAAGAACUUGAAGAAGGACAAAAAGGAGUGGGUGAUGGUACGGUUAGCUGGGGCCUUGAAGAUGACGAAGACAUGACACUUACAAGGUGGACAGGCAUGAUUAUUGGGCCACCAAGGACAAACUAUGAAAACAGAAUAUAUAGCCUGAAAGUAGAAUGUGGAUCUAAAUACCCAGAAGCUCCUCCAUCAGUUAGAUUUGUAACAAAAAUUAAUAUGAAUGGAAUCAAUAAUUCCAGUGGAAUGGUGGAUGCACGGAGCAUACCAGUAUUAGCAAAAUGGCAAAAUUCCUAUAGCAUUAAAGUUGUACUUCAAGAGCUAAGACGUCUCAUGAUGUCCAAAGAAAACAUGAAACUUCCACAGCCACCAGAAGGACAGACGUACAACAACUAAUUUUAGUGGAUCUUAAACUUGUCUUAAAUCAACAACCUUCUACUCAUGUUAAUGUCUUGAUUAAAUAUCACCAUGCAAAAUACCCACACAUUAAGUAAAAGAAUUGCAGCUGGUAAACAUGACCUGGACAGUUGUAAGAAUAUAUUUAACAUAUGUACACCUAUUAUGUUUUCAGGUAACAAGAGAAAUGCAGCACAAUUUUUCUUUCUCUUCUUAAAGCACUGUCAUUUAAACAUGAACCUGAAGUACUCAAAAUGAAAUUCAGGUUUUCAAGACAGAAGCAUGGCAAAAGAGUGUCAGAUGGCCAUGGAAACAUUUGUUUCUCUGAAAAGUAAAGUCUCAAGAAGGAAGAACAGAAAUGGCAUGCUUUAUCCAUCACAUUUAGAGCUGCAGUUGGAAUCGUUUAAAAUAGCAGAUAUAAUGAAUAGUCAACAGUUGUGAUAAUUCUUGACGCGGUGUGGGUGCUGACUACUGUUAGUAUCAAAAAUAGGUUCAGGAUUGUUUUGAUACCUGUAUUUAUAAUAAAAAGAUGUUUGGGGUUUUGAAUUUCUGUUAAAAGCUGUUCCUGUUUGUUACAUGUAACAGACAUAAUAAUUUGUUUACAGUCUUUGUUUAAUAAAACAUGCUUAGGAGUUUUAAGUGAAGUCAACAAAAAGGAAAUAGGUGUAUGGAAAUGUGAUUUUGAGAUGAAAGUUAGUCUUAAAAUGUAAAUAAAGUAUGGAAUGUGUCUUCAGA